UGCUACACGUCACAGGCCUAAGCGCGUGGGACGUUAUCGCGUUAACAGCGCCGCACGCGCCGCACGCCCCACCCACGCGCCCGCGUCUGUCUCCCAUGGCAACCAAGUGCACUUGUGUUGUCGUUUCUCGAAGAUGGAUUCCCUUACAGACAGUGAAAUAGCACAGAUAGCGAGACACCAGAGAGAGGCCGGUGUGCAGAGGCUCAGCUGUCACUUCUCAUGGCCCGAGUUCUGCGAUGAACGGCGGUGCUUCCAUCAGGAGUUUGUGUAUGACGUCGCUAUGUUCGCCGCGGCCUGUGGCUUCCCCUGGCCUUACGUGAUCCGGGCAGCUGUGAUCGCCAAAUGCAUCUUCCCGCAGCUGGACGUUCUCGACGUACCCAAACUAUUGUCCUUGCUGAGAGAAGCGCUGUCUGAGCGUUUGCCAAACCUUACCUCUGUCCACCGACAUGAGUUCAUCCAGUUCCUCACAGACACCUGCAUCACGCGGCGGAGGCUUUUCCAGGCGGUGGUGGGUGGAGCUGCUAACAUGUCCAUUGCUCAGCUACACUUGGAGGUGCAAUUUCCACCCACACCCUGUCCUCUUAUACAGGGCACAGAUCUGCAUGAGUGGGAGCAUCAGCGUCAUCAAGCCGAGCUCACCUCAAUUUUGCGACAGAAGGAGGAGAAGCUGCAGAUGCUCCGAGAUGGGUCAAGGGUCACUCUGGGGGAGGUCGAUGUUCCAGAGGAUGAGCAACUGGACAAAGAGGGUGUUUUGGCGUUGGUUCGUGCAGCCGUGAGGGCCACAGAAGGCCAGGUGCUGGCGAGUCUGAACCGAGAGACCACCCUGCUCAGUGACAUCCUGCAGCUCAAACUGCAGCAGGCAGCAUUGGCCACCGGGAGGCUCCACAAUCCUGUUCCUUCCAAUACAGGUCACUUCGAUUUACAUCCAGACGCCAAAGCAAAAACAAAAACAUGACUGAGGGACUCUGAAAAUGCAGUGUGAGGACGGGACCACAGUGAAUAAAGCUAACGGGAGUACA